AUGACCCACAUGAGCCCAGCCUCCCUGUUGUUCGCGUCCAUGUGCACCACCUGUGUCAUGUGCUACUUUCUCUGGCACUCCUGGUCGUUUGACAAGUGGAAGUCUAUGCGCCCGACACGGCGACGGGCGUUCAAAUGCGGCAUCACAUGGGCAUACCUCCUAGCAAACGGCUGCUUCCUCACAUGGUCCGUCUUUCUAGGGUACAUCAAGUACAACGUCGGGUACCAGACGAUACCGACGACAGGCGAAACUGUCCCAACACCCUUCGUCCUCUGGCCGCAACACUACCAAGAUGUCACGCCCGCUUUGUACUACAUCCUCGUCGGCGGGUUUUCCAUGAUCGUUGUAAUAUACGUCGAAGAAAUGUGUUUCUGGACCCACCUCUCCUCUUCCAUCCGCGGCACCACCACCAAAACCUGGCUCGCCUCUUUCCACUUCAAAGUCUGGGUCGUUCUGACUUUGGGAGUGGUGGGGAGUAUGGUAGCUGUCGUUGUGCCGGUUAAUUAUGAUCCGAACCAGAUGGAAGCUAGAGCUUUCCUAGUCGGUACGACAUACCACACAGUCUUUACCAUCGGCUCCCUCUACAUCAUCCUCACCUUCCCGAAACUUAUCGAGACGGUCCGACAACAAGGCGGUUCGCAGAUGGUUCUCAAACGUCUCGCUUACCACCGAAAGUUGACUUUUUACCGUAUCGCGGCCAGGCUGGUGUUUUCGGUCCCAUUCAUCACUGUCGCCGUGGACGGUAUGACCCCUCACCACGAUAUCGCCUCCAACCAAUUCCUCACCGACUUCUUCGUCAUGAUCGGUCUAGCAGGCUUCAUGGUAUCCGUAGUAAUAUCCGUCUACCUCUUCUUCCCCCCCGAAAACUCCUCCACCAACCGGCCCCUCCUCCCCGCCCUCCAACCAUCAUCUGCCACCGACCCCAUCAGCGUCACUCUCUCCCCCACAUCGCCUACGGCCCCCCGCCCCCAUACUAGCGGAGGGUCCUCGACAUUGACGGAUGGGACGCGUACUUCGUACCUCGCCUCGCCUUCUUAUGCGGGGGAUGAUGAGGAUGUUGAAAAACAUCAGGUGCUCUCUUUUACUGCUGCUGGGGGGAGGUUUGAGAGGCGGUCGAAAGUGGAGGAUGAGAAAGACCGUUUAGACUUGGACGACGACGAGUCGAAAGGCGUCGGUAUGGGCAUGCUCGACAUUCACCGGGUAGCACCCUUUGCCACACCACCUUCAUCCCCUAACGACCCUUCCCUCUUCCCUCCCACAGCUCCCGCAUACCGGCCCAAGACCGACUCGACGACGUCCAACCAUGCGACUUUCGCGCCUUCUCCUUCGUCUAGACCUGAUACUUCUGGGUCUACGACGACGACGAAUGGGGGCCGGCCUGGUACGGAUCAGAGCGUGAGCACGUCGAGGACGGAUGCCCGGGCACAUAUGGCGAGAAACGGGAGAUUGCACAAACAUCUCUCCGACCCUUCCAUCCUCCUCGCCUCCUCCUCCUCCUCCUCCCCCCGCCGCCCCGGGGACGCUUCCACCCCAGCAACCUCCGCCGAAGUCCGCGCAAAGGUGUCGGCAGCGGUGAAAGAACAAGGCAGUGUCUAUGCGUGGAGUAUACUGGCAGAUCAUUUGAGGCUGCCUGAUAGUGUUAUGCCGAGUGGGGCGCCGGGGUUCGGGGCGGAGAUGGUUGAGAUGGGGGAGAGGGAGAGGGGGAUGGAUGAUACUGUUGUCGUUGUUAAGAAACAUCGUCAUCAUCCCCGCCGACCUCGUCCCGCCCCAGCCCCACCAUCAAACUCCACAUCCCACACCAACACCAGCACCACCCUCCCCUCCUCCCACUUCACCCCCUCCCCCAACCCACCCUCCACAUCGUCCCGCGUCCCAUCCCUCCAACCGCCAUCUUCCAUCCUCAUCGGCGGCAGACUUAGAACGCCAGAUGAUAUGGUCGACCACAAACCUCCUAAACCUUUCGGCGCCUCUUCAAUGGGCAGCGGAAUCAAGAGGAUCGACACGCAUGUGCUCAAUACUUCAUACCCACCGUCUUCAUCUGCGCACUCGCCGACGUCAGCAGAGAGUCAUGGCUCCGGAGCACCAAGAGGCGGGAUCGAUGUGUACGAACAUUAUCUCUCUUCUGCUGCUGCUGCCAUCGCGAAAGAACGCGAGAAGGAAGCUGCGGUUGCAGCUGCCGCGCAAAGUCGUUCACCGAGCCCUACCAAAGGCGCGUUUGAGGGGUUCGGUAGUCUUGGGAGUCAGGGUGGGCUGGGGGAGGUGGAGAAUCCGUUCAUGGAAAGUAGCGAGGAUGUUACCAUGCCGAGAUCACUCCCCCCGCCUAGACGAGGUUUCCGAAACAACUCCAACCCUCCCAUCCCCAACCUCGGCAGAUCCAACUCUACCGCCGCCGCUAAUGUCGGACGAUCAGCCGCCGCCGACCAGCCUUUCGCCGUACCCCCUCCCGACAAGAGCACUACCCCGCCAACAGCGUAUCAACGUCAGCUCGACCCUUCGCCCAUGCCCUUUUCUCGUACGCUCAACCUUGAGCCCGAGUACAAGGCUCCGGCUGAGGUGAAAGUCGGGAGUGAGGGGGAUAAGAGUUUGUCGAGCUCGACGGCGAGCUUGAGGGGGACGCCUCAGUAG